AUGAAAAUAAUGAAUAUUUAUGUAAUAUUCAUAUAUACAUUUAUAUUCGUUAUUCUUAAAUCUUCAAAUUGUUCUGAUCAAUAUCCUGGAUAUUCAACUCCAGAUGAUACAGAAGAUGAAGAUAAUAAUUUUGACACAGUUGUAAGAGAAUUAGAAUCAUUAGUAACUGAAGAUGAUAAAACAGCUGGUGAUACAGUAGUUUCAGAUAAUCUUAUGCAACAUGGACUCGGACAUAUUAUUAGUCAACCUUAUCAACCUCCAGAACAACCAGAUCAACCCACACAACCAGAACCUGUAACCUAUCCUGGACCAGAUCAAACAUAUCAACCACCUCCAGCUCAACCUGGAUAUCCAAUAGGUUAUGAACAGUAUCCACAACCUAUACCUCAUGGACCAGGUUAUACAGGUUAUGGACCUUAUCAACCAGGAUAUCAACAUCAGCCACAGUAUCCAGGAUAUGAUCCUUAUCAGCAAUUUUAUCAACCUACUCCACCACAAUAUUAUGAACCUACAUAUUCACAAACUCCUCAACAAGCAAAGCCUCCUUAUCAACCAACUCUACCUAGACCUAGUUUACCAUUAAGUCAAUCUGAAAAAUAUCGACAACAUAAACCUGAUGAUAAAACCGUUUCUUCUUAUGGAUCACUUGAAUUAAUUAAAUUGAAUAAAAAAUUUGUUUUUUUAAAAAAAGACCCUGAGGGCAAUUUACUUCCAAUGAUUGAAAGACAAGACUACAAAGUGAUAUGGGAAAAUAAAAAUUUGAUAAGAUAUUCAUUUCAAAAUGGACUUGAAUCAAUAUUCUGUGACAAUAAAUUCAUUUACACACAUAGAGAAAAAAAACCAUAUUGCAGUUCUAUAACUUAUAACAAAACUAAUUCCUCCUUUGUUAUUACUCGUGAAGGAGGAUUUGUUCAAAUUAAGCAAAUAAAAGGACGCUGGAUAGCUGUUGGACGCAAAUAUCCAGAUUAUAUUAAACUGUAUACUCAUGAUUCUGAAGGAAAAGAACAGUUGCUAACUACUGAACAUUAUUAUCUUGAUAUAACAGAUAAAUGUUCAUUUAAAUAUACAUUUAUCUUAGGAGUAAUGUGUACUAAAGUUGUUAUUAAAGAUGAAGUGGUUUGGGUAAAAAAACCUGAUAAUAAAGGUUUUCCAAAUGUACUGUCUGUUACAACUAGAUUAAAUUUGGUACUUUAUUUCCCUAGGUCAAGGAUUGUAUACUCAAAGAUGAAUAAUAGAUAUAUACAAUUGUAUGAUGAACAAUAUUAA